CACUUAACCUUAGUUUACUAGAAACCUGAGCAGUAAAAAAACCGUGGUUUAGUCGGUUUAGAGUUAGUUACGACGUCGUUUUACUCCCUCAAAUAUAAUCCCAAAUCACCUGAUUUUCACCUUUCGUUCAAACCACGCAGAAAUAUACCAGCCAAUUUUCAAUUUCUAGGGUUUAUACUCUUCAAUUCCAAAUUUAAUUCACCAAUAAAAAAUCUCUUCAAAACUUUAAAUUUUUCUAGAUUCUUAUGAAUUCAUACUAGGGUUUCCUUUAAAUUUUGAAUAAUCUGAAAAAAAAACCCACAAAUUUUGUUGAAUUUGGAGAGAGAAACAGAGGAGAGAGAAAGUGAUUCGUAAUGCAGACGGAAGCAAGGGUUGGGGUAGUCGUUGAUGGAGGACAAAGAGAUGGAUGUGCGCGUAAAUAUGUACAGGUGAAUCAACAACAGAAAGCCCAAAUUGGGACGGUUUCUCAGCUUCUUGCCGGCGGAAUUGCCGGCGCCGUUAGUAAAACUUGCACCGCACCGCUUGCUCGUCUCACUAUUCUUUUUCAGGUGCAAGGCAUGCACUCAGAUGUAGCAACAUUGAAGAAAGCUUGCAUCUGGAAGGAGGCUUCACGAAUUAUGCACGAGGAAGGAUUAAGAGCCUUCUGGAAAGGAAACUUGGUUACAAUAGCUCAUCGCCUUCCUUAUUCCUCCGUCAGUUUCUACUCAUACGAACGAUACAAGAAUCUUCUGCAGUCAUUUCCUGGAUUAGAAAGUAGUAGUGAAAAUAUAGGCGCACAUAUCUUUGUGCGGCUGACAGGUGGCUUUUUAGCUGGAGUAACUUCUGCAGCUGCUACUUAUCCUCUAGAUUUGGUGAGGACACGGCUUGCUGCACAAACAAAUGUGACAUAUUACAAAGGUAUAUGGCAUGCACUACAUACCAUUAGUAAAGAAGAAGGCGUUUUUGGUCUUUAUAAAGGGAUUGGGGCAACACUUUUGAGUGUGGGGCCAAAUAUAGCGAUCAGCUUCUCUGUAUACGAGACUUUGAGGUCUUAUUGGCAGUUGCAGAGGCCCCAAGAUUCCACUGUGCUUGUGAGUCUUGCUUGUGGAAGUAUAUCUGGUGUUGCGUCAUCCACUGCAAUAUUUCCCAUUGAUUUGGUAAGACGAAGGAUGCAAUUGGAAGGAGCUGGUGGUCGUGCACGUGUAUACAACACUGGUAUUUUUGGUACAUUUAAGCAUAUCAUCCGGACAGAAGGAUUGAAAGGACUGUACAGAGGGAUUCUCCCUGAAUUCUAUAAGGUUGUCCCCAGUGUAGGCAUUGUUUUCAUGACGUACGAGACAAUGAAGAAGUUUUUGUCGGAUAAUGCUGUAGAUCAGUAGCUUCCUGUUGGAAACAAAUGUUCCAGUAAGGAUGUAUUCAGAUUGACAGAGAAGUUUUUCGAUAUGCUGCUCCAUUGAUGUCUUUGCAACCUCUUUUUACUUUGUCUAGACCGCUAGUUUGGUGGCAAAUUUUGCUCCUGUCACCCUUAGAAAAUUUACUUGUAUACAUCAUUGAAAAAUGUUUUUAUCAAUGUUAAGUCGUGUGGAGAAUGUGCUCAUCUCCUUUCUCAGAUAUUUCUCUCAUUUUGAAGCCCUUGUAUGAGAAUAAAUUAGAAUCAUAAUGGAAAGGAAUUCGUAAAGCAA